GCAACUGGGCUAAGUAAAAUAAAAGUUGGUCUUCCGAACUGAGGAACCACAACGCAAAUGAGAUCUCGAACAAGAUUGUGCAUUCUGAAAAUGGGACAAAAAAAAAUAAAAAAGUUUUUACAAAUGGGGGCUAGAUAGCGCAAGCUACCGCCUCACUCGAUUAGUCGAACUCGCUCUCCGAGUGAGUUUGCGUUUAAUCCACGUAUCUCGCAUAAUAUAUCGCCAUCGCGGAUCGUGCUAGUGGCGGGAGCAGCGGGAGCAUAAACAGUAGCGGUGAUCGCCGUGAUACCAGUGAUUCCUGCUCGGAGCCCUUUGUCAGCAAUGGAUGUCAAAAUGCCACUGGAGGACGACGAUCUUGAAAGCCCCUUGAGGCCCCUGGUGCUGAAAAACGAACUGAAACUGGGGAGCGUCACCGAUGGCGCCGUCUUCGAGUUUGAGCCCCUGGAAAAUGAUGUGAUGGCGCAGGAAGAGGAGGCCGCUAGCCGGGCGGACAAGGACUACUUUGACAGUGCCCGCUUCAUGAACGACCUGCGCCUGCAGUUCCUUGGAGGGGAGCAGAAGGAGGGCGACCCGGUGGACGACGUCAGCAUGCCCUUCGAGCGCAUGGCCAAGACCAUGGAGGCCCUGACCGAGGACCGGGGCGUGCUCAAAAAGGUGCUGCAUCCGGGUGUGGGCGCAGUGGUGCCGAGCGACAGCUGCGUCACCUUCCACUACAGCGCCUACCUCGAGAUGAGCGAUGAACCGUUUGAUUCCACGCGGAUGCGCAACCGACCACACCGUAGCCUGCUUUGCGACGUGAUGGUUCUGGGCCUGGCCAAGGCCCUGAUGACGAUGCGGAAAGGGGAGCGUGCCCGGGUCCUGGUGCAGCCCGAGUACGCCUUCGGGAAGAUGGGCUGCGCCCCCCGCAUCCCCGGCAACGCCACCAUCCUGUACGAGGUGGAGCUGCUCCACUUUGUGGACGCCGAGGAUGCCCUGGAGUUGGAGGGCAUCAGCGUGGACGGCGGGCCCAUGCCCUUUCCCAAGCUGCUCGAGCUGUGCACCGCCAAACACAAGACGGGCAAUAGCUUCUGCGAGCGCAAGGAGUUCCAAAACGCCCUCAAGUGCUACUCGUCUGCCCUGCACCGCCUCGAGAACGCCCGGACCAAAGACACGGGGGAGGAAAAGCAGCAGCAGCAGCUGUUGCUCAAGCUCUUCUGCAACGCCUCGUUGUGCUGCGUGCACACGGGCAGGGGCAGCAUGGCAGUGGCGUAUGCCAAGAAAGCACUGCUCAUCGACUCAAACAACGUGAAGGCGCUGUACCGCUGCGGAGUCGGCCUCAAGAUGCAGGGUUGCUUCGACGAGGCUGAGGGCAAGCUGCGGCGGGCACACAAGCUAGACCCAAACUCGCAGGCCAUCGUCCGCGAGCUGAAGGAGCUCGACAGCAUCAAGCGGCAGCUGCGGGAGACGGAGACCAACAUGUGCAGACGAAUGUUCAACUAUGCAAACAACGACAAGGCGGCAGAGGCGAUGAAGGCCCUGAGCUUGAACAGCGGCGUCUCCAAGGAAAUGCAAACCACCAUCAAUGAAAGUCUUCGGAAACUGAAGAGUGGCACCGCAGGAAGCUCCCUACCAUUCACCACCGGCUUCACGGAUUCUCACUACGACUAUGUGCGCUCAGUGUGCCAGGACUUGGGGCUGGGGUGCGAGGACUUGCUUACGGGGGGUGUGAGAGCUUUCAUCAGGGACACAGAGUAGGCGCCUUCAACGGGCAACCUUUUUUGUUUUGUUUUUCUGUUUCAACAAACUAAGAGAUAGAAUGCGAGCCCAGUUUGUUUGAAUAUACUGUCUUCAUCGUUAGUUAGGGAUACCCAUUUGUUGCGAGUGUGCUUCUGCGUUUCUAACGUGACAUUGUUUGUAAUCGUCGAUCGAUUGGCACUGUGUUCACUGCUGAGCAGGGUCCGUUGACAUGAGAAAAAACUUGUUACUGCGUCGUCUUGUUCGUUCAGCCAACUUUCUUAAAGUAAAGAGAAAUGUGAUACAACUCUUCUUUUUUUUUUUUCUUUUUGAGGCUACCACAAAGUUUGGUUCUAGCCAUGACUGGCGGAAGGUACCGGUAGUUGUGUGUGCGUGUGUCUGCACACUUUGUUCUGGCAAGUUGUCUGUUUGAGUUGCUUCAUUCAUCUUUUCGCAAGAACAGUUGUGCAACCUUUUCUCUUUUUUUUUUUUUUUGUAGCUGUUGCAGUCUGCUGGUGGUUAGGCUAGCUACUAGUUUCAUAACGUUUCGAGAUGUUUCUUACUCGCAUUACCUUUGAUCUUGCUUCAUCUUCUGCCAAAUGGGUGUAGGUUCUGAGCAAGUCGUUCAAUGCCUGGGUCAAAUUAGUUUUUAGUUCGAAACAGGUUUUGUGUUUGGUUUCACUAGUUUCAUUUCAGCAACCGAGGUUUCUGCAAAUAGUCUGAAUUUUGUUUUUGUGAGUUUUUUUUAUUAUAUUUUAACAUUUUUUUGCUCUAUCUGUUGUGUCCUACAAACAUCAGUGCAAAUCAGGCCAUGGCUCAGCUUGAGUUGUAUACCUGGCUAUCCAUUCAUUGCACUAUGUAUGGUAGUUGAUUAUUCCCCAAUACAAAUGUGACUCUUCUGAGCUGCCAAGUGUUUUUGUGUGAUUGUGUGUCAACUGGACUUUGAUGCACAAAAGUAUGUAUUUGUAAGUUAAUACCUUUAAUUUUCAGUAUGGUUAUGAAUGAGAUUUCAGUUUUAAAACAUGUUUCUAAAAUAAAUUUGUUCGCAACAAUUA